AUGACUUUGCACAGACAUUCCAAUGCUCUUUUCCCCGAGGACGCUUUUGAUGUUACCACUUCAGAUCAAAUUUUUGUGCAAGGUAUUUCAAUGUUUGGGUUCUUGCUAACUGUGGUUCUGUCGGUAAAUGGGAAGCUCAAGAAGAUUUUUUAUUCGUUAUUUAAAUGUUCACCACAUCAUUUAUUCACUCAAACGACAAUUUCAAAUAAUACUGCCCACGGAAUUAAUCAAAUUUCACCACCAACUAGUGAAACUGAAUGGGUAUCCAAAACUAAUGAUCUUGGGUCUUACUAUAGUGGAAUCAAAGAUUUAAUACCAUAUCCUGCUUUGUUAGUGCCUUUUUUGGCUUAUUAUUUUAAGAAAAAGCAUCUUUUUUCGUUUUUGAAAACAUCAAUCAUCAACUUUGUUAGUAGAAAUGUCGAGUAUCUAGAUGAUUUGAUGACUCCAGUUGAGCUAACAGACUUUGUGGAUGAUGUUGGCUCACUAGAAAGAGAUAAGAUUUUGACUGAAUAUGUUCAUAUUAGUGUUAAGAGUCCAGUAGAAGUUGGCAAACCUGUUCAAGAAUCAACAAGUCCAGAGAACAGUUCCUCAUCUUCCAUCAAUAAUUAUUCCAUCCCAAUCCAUGCAACUGGUGCUUUCAAUUCUCUUUCAUUUAGGUUGAAUAGGGAGAUUAAGUCGUCACAUCUGACUUUGCCUUACUCACUCUCAACGAUUUUUCAAACACAAGAUCAAGGUACAAAAAGUUCUAUUGAUGAGCAAAAUGGACAUCAAGAGUUAGUUAGUGCAAUCAUUUAG